GUUAAGUACAGAGUGUUAGCGUUACAAUGGUACAGAGGGCCCUGGGAGGCGCCCUCUUACUUCUUCAAAAGCAGGCAUCUGACCCUUUGGGGAAAGCAGGUGACAGCUCCAGCCCUCUCCCCAGAUAUCUACAGUUGCCCACGCAGCACCCCCCCUCACUUGCCAAGGCUCACCAGGUGGAAAUUUAGCAAUCAACUGUCCACCCACCCCAUUUCCCACAGAAAAAAAGCUGGGUGGUGCUGGGGAGGGGCUAUGAGCCAAGGCUAAGGACUCUGACCCAGGUUGGGUGGGGCUCCUCAGAAGUCCCUGGGCAGGGAGUUCCCGCUGCUCCUCCCCUCGUCCUUCCUCCUGCAUCCGGGCACUCGCGGCUCUCCCGGCUCUCCCCACAGACCUCCUCUCACCAUGGAGUUCGACUUGGCCGCAGCCCUAGACUCCAAGAAGCCUCAGGGGACGGGCCAGGGGGGAGACCAUAAACACGGCCCCCACAAAGUUCAGGGCGCGUCAGAGACAGGGGCGGCUGAUAAACCAAGGGGCCACGGUCACCGCAGCUCCUCGGACUCCAGUAGCAGCAGCGGCAGCUCCAGCGACUCGGACAUGGAAGGAAAGCCUCACGCGGCCGCCUCGCAAGGACACGAAAGCACGCUGGCCAAGGUCAAGAAGCCCAAGGUGAAAAAGAAGAAAGAAAAGAAAGGGAAGGCGAAGAAGGAGACUUCUCACUGACCGGCCCGGUGGUCUUAUUAAAUCUUUUCUCGACUCUC